AUGACAUUUUCUGCUUUUAAUUUCCAUUAUAGCUGUCCGAUCGCAUUCGGGAGCGGUUCAUUCCCUAUCAAGGCCUUCAGUAUGUCAGGUCGUUUAGCUGUGUUAACGCUCUUCCCCGUUUGUGUUGUUUGGGGAACUUGGCUAAACUACGUUGCAACUGCGCGCGUAGAAGGUGAGGUUAACAGAUUCAGCUAUUUUUUCAGGCAUUCUUUCGCGACUACAUCAGUUGAGUCUUUAACUGGGAUGGUCAUCUUUGCAUUUCUUUCAGCUAGAGUAAAACCCUUGUUUACGAACCUACAUUUUUUGAAGUCAAAAACCGUUCUUGUAUUUUGAAGUAGUUAUUAAUAAUUUAGGCUAAGUAGGUUCUUAAUUAAGUUCUUAAUUUCUGCCGUGAGAACUUUUAAGUUCUAUGUAACUUAUGUUACGAACGCAAUUUUUUUAGUCGGGUUUAAGUUAGGUUAAGUUAAGACUGUAGAUAUUUAAAAGAAAUAAUUGAACACCCAAUGGAGAUUUAAUUUUGCCAACACGGGAGAAACUUUAAAAUUCUCGUUGUUUUCAAGUGCAUCAAAUCAAUACCGGACGUCUCCAUUAAUUGCCUAGCGCUUCGCCCUUGAGUUGCUAUAAUAAGUUGCCAAGCAAGUGAGCCGGUCUCGACUGUCUGAUCUCGCGAAACUAUCGAGUUUUCCUAGCCAAAAAGUCUAAAUGAAAACUGGGGCUGUAAAAUUAAAUUGGAAUCUUUUCCUUUGUUUUUGAUGCUUUACAUUUGAGCUCACGCACGUUGGCGACGUUCUAUUAAAAGUGUAAGGCUCGAAAAAAAAGCGAAUCAAACUGAAGGACAGUGUACCGUCAGUGAGAAGUGGUCGCCACGAUCAUAUAAGAAAGUAAAUAAAUACGCUUGCAGCGGCCAUGUUUUGCGCGAAAUUGAAGCCAGGUCUGUGGUUUAAUGGAACUGCGGUGGAUUCUAGAUGGGUGGAAGCUAAAACUUCAGGUGGAGUAGACAUUUAGCCUUUUAGGACUUGCCGUGAUGUGUUCCGUUAUGCUCAAUGAAGAAAACCUUUUUUCUAUAUUGUUUCUUUUUACUCAAUUGUCAAAAAUGACUAACGGUUAGCUUUACAUACAAUGAGGAAGAAACUUUUGAAUUGAAAUAGACGUUGUCUUCAGCUGUCAAGGGUCGUAGAGUAUAAGCGGAAUACGCUCCAGCAAAUAUGAAAAUUUAAAUAGUAAGUCCUUCUUUUAAUUGCUCGAAGCACUUUUUUCAACAGUACCAGCCGUUUCUUUUUUUCUUGUUACGCAUUGUGAAACAGAGAAAAAUUCCUUGUUAAUUUAACUAAAUCUCAAGCAUUAUAUUCACCAUAUCGCAGGGAAAUGCUUUGAUCGGAUUCUCUCUGCUUUUGUCGUCAUAGACUGCUUCUAAUUAACUUAACAAAAAAAUGAAGAAGAUACCCACUGUACGAGAAGAAAUUUUAGCAGGAUUGUCGUUUGAUAUUCAACGGAUCGCAUGCCUGGCAUACUUGAAUGAAGUUCAAAAAUUUAAUUUCGACAAUCUUUAUCGUAAUAUAAACAGCAAAAUUGCCUUUGUCUUCCAAACUAUAAAUUGUUAAAUUGAACUACGGAUGAAGAAUCUUUGCAGAGAGUCGGUAGGUUUUUCUUUUAGAGCCGCUUUGUGGUUUCGGCAGUGACUUUGUUUGUGUGACGUUUUCUGGGAUUUAAGUUAUAAUUGGACAUUCUUUUGUCAUUUCUACCGUCAAGUGUAAUGAUUCUGUUAGCUUUUCUUUCUUGUUGUCUUGUUAUUUUCUUCUUCAUUAUAGGGCCAAAAUAGCUUCUUUUCAAUUAAAGCAAAUUGUUGUGUUUUUGAAGUGUUCCGUGUGUGUAUUUAAGCUUAUUAGUCGAGCUUGCUUUAGCAGAGCGAGACUCUAAAAAUGCAAGCGUUUGGUUUUUUAAUUUUUCUUUGUCGGUGGCCACCAAUUAGGGCGCCAUGCUCCCAAGCGAUCCUAGCGGAGACCGUGGAAACUACAUGAUCAGUGAACUGAUUCUCCAGAGACAACUGACGUGAUACAACUCACUUUGACUCUGAUUCAAAUGGGUCUCGUGACGGGCGAUGACUGAAAUGACGCAUGUAAGUUGAUCACGUUUUUAGCUGUUUGGCAAUGAUGCAAUUUUCCCCGAUUCGAGACCCUUCAUUUUCGUGUAAUUAUGCACGCGUAUUAAAAAGUAAAUACCUCGAUGAGGAAAUAUUGUAGCGGGGAAAUCCUGUUUUGUAGUGUAUUGAGGCGUUACGUUUUUCAGAAUAUUGUCGCAAUUACUGAAACUCUACGGUUAAAUAGAUUCACUUUGUUGUAUGUAUUUUAUUAAUUGACAGAUUUUCGCAGUUGCAAGAUAUGACGUCGCCUUGCGGCCUUAUAAAUACUUGAGAUAUUAAUGACUUAACCUUCGACUACUACUGCAAGCAACUUCAGCUACCCUUCUGACGUUACGUAUGCGUAAGAUGUGCUUAGACGGGUAGCUUUUUACGUGACCAUCACACACUCUACUUGCAGCACUUCAUAUCGCUCCAUGUCCAUAGAAUAGAAAUCCCAUAUCGAGCUUUUCCGGAACGGGUCGGGCACGAACUCUAUCGCUUGAAAGCGUUGAUUACUUUAGAACAAGUGAUUACUUCAGUGGCCCAAAAGAGAUUAAUCAUCAGUUAAUGAGCAAAACUUCAAGGUUUACUGGAAAAUUAGGAUCGAGAAUCGGGGAUCAGGCAUCAGGGAUCGAGGAUCGUUUUAAAAAAACUUGAAAUAAAAUAAAUUUUAAAUAAAUCGUGGAUCGUGAUGAUGUCAUUGUGGGCCGCAGACUGUAGAUAAAUUUGACAAUACAUAAUCCCGUUCGCUGUACUGAGCAAUGGCUAAAUUGAAGUACCAUACGGUAAACUAGUCCGAGUCUGACUGAGUCAGUGAUUGUUUUGACGAGAAAGUGAAAUUUUCGUGGAAAAGGAAACGCUUUACCCCAGUGAUACUGUGACAAAAUGCAUGUUGUGUACAGCUCUAAAAAUUUUACUCUGAGUUCGCGUCACUAUCAGCUGUAUGGAGAUAUCAAAAGCAGAUACUAAGCAGCUAUGGAAAAUGCAAUUACUUUCAUGCGAUUUUGAUAUCUUAUAAAACGGACAACAAAUUCAACAGGAAUACGCGCGAACUGAAUUAAAUGUCUGUUGUAUAGGGUUCUGCUAAACUUACACAUUUUUCCUGUACUGAACAAAAACUGUACCGAGCCGUAUCUUGGUCCGCAACAUAAAAGCUAUAUAUAUAUUUAUACUGAUAAACAUCAUCGUUCAAUUUUUUGAGUGUGAAAUCCCAAAAGAGUUCCCCUCACUGGAGCAAUAUCAAUAUGUAAAAGUUUUCAAAGGUUUCACACCAGUGUGAAGCUCAGAUGUACGGCCUGCCUUUCCUUGCAAUGUUUACGUUGUGAAAUUUACAUUAUGACAUAUAACAUACCGUAUUUAUUCGAUUAACCGCCCUGGGCGCUUAUUAAAUUUUUGUACCUUGAGAGUGGGAGCUUAUUCGAGGUGGGCGCUUAUUCGAGGCUGGGCGCUUAUUAAAUUUUCACCAUUUUCAGCAAGUGAAGUAUGUUUUUUUGGCAACAAAACAAUAAAUGCCUCUAACAAAACGCGAAGAAGUAACAAAGCAAGGUUUCUAUAAAAUACUCUGAAGAAAACUCCGUCCUCGGGAAAGUCUCUUAUUAGAAUUUAUUCACUCAAGUGGGUGGGGUGGGGGUGAACGCUUAUUAGAGUUUGAUUGGGACGAGGAGGGGUGGGCGCUUAUUCGAGGCUGGGCGCUUAUUAACUUUUUCUGCCUUUAAGAUGGGCGCUUAUUCGAGGUGGGCGCUAAUUCGAGGUUGGGCGCUUAUUCGAAUAAAUACGGUACUUGCUUUGUAUUCAAAACGAAAAUGUAGCAUAACAGCACCAGCUCCUUUGACAACAAAACGUAUCUCCAAGCCCCAUGGGCUCCAAGCAAGCGAGACACACCUACUAAGAGCGUUCUUGUUUCAUUGCGUGAUUGCGGUCGAGUUUGAUUAUUGAAUAUACAACAGAUCCGUUCAGAGUACUGCAUGCAGUGGACAGUUUAAAGGUCACCCAUGAAUUGCCAAGGGCGUAGGGUGACCAUUUUGACAACUACGCACACGGGUCUACAUGGUUUUAAAAACCUCGUACAAAAUAGUGUUUUUUGCUUUCCUUAAAUACACAGUUGGCAGUUUACAGGCAUGUUCACAAUAGAACAUGAUAUCAAAAAAGCUUUCAAAACGUUUUUCUUUGACAUGAGCUAGCUGGUACAGGAAUGAUUACCAGCACAAGGAGAGGCAACUUUUUUGUGCAGAUAUAUAGGUGGAGUUUAAGAGCAUGUUUGUGUAAAUUUCCGCACGCUUAGCCCUUUGCUGACUUUUUGCGUUUUUCCCUUAUUUCGAUCAUGAGCACGGGACAGGAACAAACAAUUGAUAGCCAGCAUUUAUUUAUUUUCAGUUGCUCUGAAUAUAAAUGAAAAAAAUACUACAUCUGUUCACUAGGAGUAAAUUUCAUGGAAUAUUCUUGUUGACACCGCGCCAAACGUAGUUUGCUUCAACUUUAUACGUGGAUUAUCGUCGGCAUGGUUUUGCCCAUGAUUUUCCAGUUGAGCGACAUUAUAAAGUAGUCUUUGAUAGACUUUUUUCGACAUUUAUGGAGGGAGAGAGAAAACUGAAAAAAUGAAAAGCUUUUGGAUGGGAAAACUUUCCAAGUAAAUCUUAAAAGGAGUGAUAAUCAGUCAGUCUAUUUUUUCCCGAUUUUCAUGUAUACGCAAUGUAUUGUGGGAUCGCCUGAAGGCAAACAUUUCAAGAAUGUUUAGAAUUUAUCACAUUCCACUACUGAAACUGUUGUAUUUUAAGUGUAAAAACGAUGUUGAAUAACACAGAGACAGACAGGAAGAAAUCUGCACAAUACAAACUCAAGUCACAAUACUACAAAUGGCUUUUACUAAUAACAGAAAAUCUUUUAAAAAAUCUUACCAAUUUCUCAAGUACGCACGUGCGUAUUUGCGUAAAGGACGCUACGCCCCUGAUUGCGAUCAAAUAUUGUGAAGCAGUUCUGUAUCUAGACGUUUCCAGACGAUACUUCUUUGUUUGCCAAUUGAUAAUCAUGUUUCAGUUCUUGCGUGAAUUAAAGCAAAGGAGUAGUGACGGCACUGGACGGCAUUAACAGUAGAUUGAUUUAAAGAAGUUGCUGAGGGAAUAAAAACGACUCAAAGUAAUCGUCUGAAAUUCAGGCUAUAACUAUGCAUUGUGAUAUAAGAACCGAAACAUUUGGUAAAUUUCUAGGUUUUCUUAGCCCCGGCUGUCAGUUCUUAUCACUGAGAGAUGGCUUCGUUAAUCCGACCCCUGUUCGAGUACACGUUAUUAGUGCCUCUCGGCCCAAACGUAUUAAUCUGUGUUUCAGGAAAUUGCGGUCAAAACAACCGACGCAUCACAUUUCUGACACCAGCCAGGGGGUUUUACCUCGAAGGACACGUGUUUUCAAAUCAUUCUGUGGAACUAAACUUAGACUGC